UCGGGGCGCCUCGGCCGCGUCCCUGCGGCAGCUGGCGGCGGUCGCGGGCCAUGGGGGCCAAGAGCCUCUGCCUCGGUGUCCUGACCGUCGCCGUCCUGCUCCUGGCCGCCGCCUCGCAGGGUGCGGAGCCGCCGCCGAGCUGCGAGGCGGUCCGGAAAGUUUUCCAGCUGCGGCGGCUCGGCCCGCUCGGCGGCGUCCCGGAGUUCCCGCGGGCAGGUGUUGAUCUCCAGGUUUGUACUUCUAAAAAUUCAACAUGCUGUACAAAAAAAAUGGAAGAAAGGUAUCAGAUUGCAGCAAAGCAAGAUAUACAGCAAGUGCUUCAAACAUCAAGUGCUACAUUAAAAUUUUUAAUAUCUCAUAACGCAGCUGCUUUUCAAGAAACCUUUGAAAUGCUCAUCAGACUGGCUGAGAAUUACACCAGCACACUUUUCUGCAAUGCGUAUAGAAACAUGGCUGCUGAGGCUGCUGUGCACGUGCAGGAGUUUUUCACAGAUGUUGGGCUCUUCCUAUUUGGCACAGACGCCAGCACAGAGGAGUUUGUGAAUAGAUUCUUUGACACCCUGUUUCCAGUAGUGUACAACCAUGUGAUUAACCCUGGUCCGACUGACAUUUCCCUGGAGUACGCGGAGUGCCUCCGAGCGGCGAGAAGGGACAUCAGGCCCUUUGGCAGCAUUCCCAGAAAGGCCAUAGGGCAGAUGGGACGAUCCCUCUUACCCAGCCGGACUUUACUGCAGGCUCUGAACCUGGGGGUUGAAGUGAUCAACACGACAGACCACCUGCCCUUCUCCAGAGAGUGCAGCAGGGCUUUGCUGAGGAUGCAAUACUGCCCCCAGUGCCAGGGGCUGACGCUGAGCAAGCCCUGCCUGGGCUACUGCCUCAACAUCCUCCGGGGCUGCCUGGCCCACCUAGCAGAAGUUGAUCUCCACUGGCAGGGCUACAUCCAGGCCCUGGAGGAGCUCUCAGGAGCCCUGAGUGGAGCACACAGCAUCGAGCACGUGCUGCUGAACUUCCAUUCCCUCGUUCACAAUGCGCUGGUACAGGCUGGGAUCAACGGGCCAGAGGUAUCUGAGCAGGUCAAUAAGAUAUGUGGUCCUCCUGUGAGGAAGCCUAAACAGUCUCCAGGUUGCUCCUUUGAUCAGAACAAAGAUAAUCAAGUGUUGAAGAUGUUCUCCAGAGACAGUGAACAAACACUCACCAACAGAAGAAAGGAGUUCAUCAGGCACCUGCGGCCGUACAGAGCCUUUUACGGCGGCCUGGCCGAUCAGCUGUGCGCCAACGAGCUGGCAGCCGCCGACGGGCUCCCCUGCUGGAAUGGAGAAGAUCUCGUAGGAAGCUAUACACGCCGUGUGGUUGGCAGUGGAAUCAAAGCUCAGUCUGCAAAUCCAGAAGUAAAGGUGAAGGGAACAGAUCCUGUAAUAAGACAAAUUAUUGACAAGCUGAAACAUGUUGUUCAGCUGUUGCAGGGCAAAUCAUUUCCAAAAUAUGACAAAUGGGAUCUCCAACAAACAGGCAGUGGUGGAGGUGUAGAUGAACAAAUCAGUGGUGAUUGUGAUGAUGAAGAUGGUUGUGGAGGAUCUGGAAGUGGAGAAUUCAAAAGAGUCCUGAAAAUAACAGACCGGAUGCCAGACAAGACGAACCUCAGUGACGUAAAGCAAAUCCAUCAAACCAACGAUGGCAGCACUUUAGACACAACUGGAGCAGGAUGUACAGCAAUGGCCGAUUAUGUGACAUUUAUGCUGAUUAGUUUGGUAAUACUGCUUCUCACUCUUUGGUAACUGCUUAUUUCUGGCUUGAUAUAUGUAUCUCAUUGUCAUCUCUUUAUCCCUACUCACAAGCCUGGAAUAAGGGAUCUGGUGAAUAUAGCAAUAUUUAUGGUAUCUUGUAUAAGAUCAGCCAGUGAUCUUAGCCCUGAAUAUUAACAAAGAGUUUGUGUAUUAUUUUAUCUAUGUUUUUUUUUUUAACACAUAAAACACAUAUGACAUAUUUAACACAUAUGACUUUUUAGUCAUAAAAAGUCGUGUUUUCUUUUUUAAUAUUUUAUGUUGAAAAUAAGUUGUUUAUGAUAAUCUUUCUCUUAAAAGCAAUUUGUAAAAAAAGAGUAUUGCCAAGUUUGAAACGGUCUCUGGAGAUCAUCUAGACCAACCCUGUGCUCAUACUAGACUCACUUCUUGCAAGUUUCCUAAGACCAAGUUCAGUUGACAUUGGAAUGUCUCCAAGGAGGGAGACUUUACUGAUUCCCUGUGCUAACUGUACCAGUGCUUCAACACUCCUAGCAGAUAUUUUUUAGCUGCUGUAUUUCAGUUUGUGCCCCUUGCCCAUUUUUCCCACUGAGACCUGUCACGGCACCAAGGACAAGAGUUUGGCUCCAUCUUCUUUUCUCCCUUUCUCAGGUAUUUAUACAUUUUCAAAAGGUCCCUCUCUGCAUCUUCUCCAGGCCAAAGAGACCCAGCUAUCUCAGCCACUUCUUGCUCAAUUUUUGUUUCCAUACCUAAAAAAUCUUCAUGCCCUUUGCAAGAAUCCAUCCACUGUGUCCAUGUCUCUCUUGUCAUGGUCCCUGAGAGAUCAGACCUGAACUUAAAACUGUAGAUGUGUCCCAUUAGUGGAGAACAGAGGGGAAGGAUCAAUCACCUUCUUUAACCUGAUGAUAUUUUUCCUGAUUCAGCCCAGAAGGCUGUUGGUUGUCUUUGCUGCAAGGGCACAGUGUGAGCUCUUUUUCAGCUUGGUAUCCCUUAGGACCAAAAGGUACCUUCUCUGCAAAACUGCUUUUCAACCAGCAGGCACCAACCUGUACAGGUGUAUGGGUUUAUUCCUCCCCAGGAGGAUGAUUUGGCAUUUCUCGCUCUUGAACUUUCUGAGAUUCCUAUCAAGCCAAUUCUUCCGUCUGUCCGGGUCCCUCUGAAUUCAGAAUUUUUUUCAUAGUUCAGAAAAAUCUAUAUGUUAGAUACUAUAUAUGUAUAUGAUAGCAGAUUUUACCUAGGGGUAACAGCAAGGUUAAGAUUCAGUGUUAGGUUAAGGUAUCUUAACAUGUAUGUCAACAUACAGAUAUUUACAUAUGUGCUUUUCAAGCUGUAACUGUAGUCCUUGGAUUCAAUUGCUAAAAUACCAAUGAGUGUCUGUUGUGCUGCCCAAAAAACCCCACCUGGUGUCCACUACUGUCCUGAAUGGCCUCAGGUCUUUCUCUGGGCAAGUGACCACAGCACUUUGUCAAUGCUGUCAGUGAAGCCCAGUGCAUUUUUCAGCUCAUACAAAAUACAAUACCUGAAAAAGCAACUCAGUUGCCCGAAAAGAAAUGACUGAUACCACCUAAGAUUUCUUGGAGUAUCUGAGGACAUCCUCAGGGGACCGGCAUAUAUGAUGCAGGACUUCUGAGAUGUUCCAGAGCCUUCUUUAAUUGGGAGCCAUGGGGAGUGACAGCUGGCAGCUAGGUGAGACAUCCUUAACUCAGACAUUCACAUGUGGGCCCAAGAAUCAUACACCUAACCUCCACAAUAUUACUGGUAGCUAAGAAGCCUGGUUGGAGUGGUGACACAUGAAUGCAAACCUGAAUCACAACAAUCCCAGCUCAAGUUCUUAUGCUUCAUAAGAAGAGGCAAGCAAAAGUGUGCUGCAGUACUAAUGGUACAUUAUGUAUUUCUGUUAUAAAUUUUGAUUGUUCUGCCAUGACUAAUUCUUGUUUAAUUUUAACUAGGAAAUAUUUUAAAAUAUUUCAUAGUUAUUUCUCCUGUAGAAUAUUUUGCAAGGGGAAAAAAAUCCACCUGUUCAUAUUGUAUGUAUUCAUAUGAUAACUAGAACUCUUUCUAGACAAAAAAUAUUACUCUUAUAUGAGACUAAUAUAAAGAAACAUACAUAAAUAUUUUUAUUCCCAAAUGUAUAUGUUAGUCAUUAACACACACAGUAUAACAUGCAGUACAAAGAGGUAAACUGAUAUAAAAGUUAGAAAAGUAAGUGAACAUUUCUAGGAAAAAUUCUAUUCCCAAAUAAAUAUAAUUAUUAGGCAUGUGUGCCCAUGUGUACAUUUUGUUGACCUCUUUUUUCCUUUGCAGAUUUUGCAAAUCAAUCUUUCAAAUCACUUGUCUUGUUUACUUGAAAUUAUGACAUUGGUAAUUUGGGGAAAGAAAAUGAGAAUUCAUUCUUUUCCUUUGUAAUGUCAAUUCACACUAGUAAUCAAUCCAGUUCAGCAACUUUUUUUUUGUACAGUGGCCAGUAUCAGUCACUUCAGUGAAAAUGGAAUAAGGCUUUGAAAAGGAGAAACAGAAAUGCAGAAAAGAAAUCCACAAUUACUCAUUACUCAGAAUUUUAUUUAUGUCCUGAAGCACUUUGUUUCCAUUCCUAAGUUUUGUGUGUUGUUCAAGACCUUACAAAGACAGAUAGUCCAGGAAUCGUAGUUUUUUGUAUAGAAUCUAGGAAACACAAGCCUCAUUUUCAAAUACUGAUAGUCAUAAUUCCUAAGACCUCCUCAGGUAUAUGUGAAUUACUAGUCUGUAAUACUCCUUUCUUUUGGUUUUCUUGGCCUAUUCCCAUUACCUUCAACCCUGUACCUACACAGAAUAUCUUCAAAGAUUCCUUUUGGAGUGGAAAAUUAGGUUUCUCCUUCCCAGACACAUAUGAACAAACUAGUAGCAAUAUGAACAAUAGUGUCAGGUCUGGAGAUUUCUCACUCACUACUCUGCCACGAGACCUCAUUCACCCUCCUGUUCCAUCCAUCUCUAGGCAUCACUGCACACUCCACAUAAUUGCUCAGAGUCAUACAUCUGCCAGGCUGCAUCAAGAUUUUUUCAUUAAAUCUACCAUGCUACGAAGAAAUAUUCCAGUUUCUUAAAGAACUAUUGUAUAAUCAUCAAAACAAGUCAGAGCAAGGAGAAGGGAGCCAGGGCUCUUUGACAAUCUGUCCCAAGGCCAUCUUGCAAUGGAGGUACCAUUGCAUGAAAAUGUGGAAACCUGCAGAAUUUUGUAUAACUCCACAUUUGGAAGGCAGGGGGGAAAAAAAAAGACCAAAAAGGUCUGAUGUUGCUGUGCUAUGUUAAAACAAUGGAAAGAGGAAUAAAACUGUACAGAAACAUAAAUAAUGCUUUACAGAAGUCAAGAUGAGAAAUAGUAAAAAAAACCUGUUAAGCUGGAGAUUGUGGUAAUGGAGUAUAAAACCACUUCCAUCCACAUAAAAUGAUGGACUGAUCACAAGUAUUUAUGUGAGUCAAUCUGGGUCAAUUGCCUGGGCAUGCAGAAGCUUUUCCCAGCAUGAGGUCACACAGGCUGCACAGGGCUGCCUCUGAGCUCCUCAGAUGACCUCAGAAAUGACAUGUAACUCUUGUUUCCUCUGUUUCCUUUCAUUUGUUUGUAUUGGGACAUUUUUAACAGUUGGAUUUUUCUCUCUAUUUCCCAGAACAGAUAAGCUUUUGGCUUUAUUUUGCCUUCUUUUGAAUAAUCUUUUCAUGUAUUACAACUGUUAUGGUCUAAAACCGGAAUACUUUACUCAAAGUGCUAUUUCUAAGACAGACACUCACUCAAAGACUGAUCACAGUAAAAUUGCAAUAUUAGAGUUGUGUACCUGGCCUUGGUACAUUUUUUAUUUAAAUAGCAACCAUAAAACAAGAGAGCCUCAUAAGAAAUAAUUUCUUGGUGAACAGUCUUACAAUAAAAUUACAAAGUUACUUACAAUAAAAUUCCAGGAAAGAAAUAAUUCUAAAGAAAUACAACAACUCAGAAAUCCAUAAUAUUUUUGUUUGAUAAAAUUAAGACAUUCCUCUUCUACCCUAAGAUUAAGAGAGGUCCUACAUGUAGCACACCCAUUUUUUAGGGAAGCCUGCUGCCUCCCCGGGUACAGCUCUCAGAUCAUUGUCUGUUACUGGAUUUCCAGGAAGCCCAAGGUCAAUCAAAAAGACUGAGGUGCAAUAGUGUGCUUGGAAAAGUGCAAGGGAGCUGGUGGCAGGUCUGGAGUGUCUGAGGGAGCUGGGGUUGUUUAGCCUCGAGGAAAGGAGGCUCAGAGGAGACCUUAUCACACUACAAAUACCAGAGAAGAGGUUGUACAAAGGUGGGGGUCAGCCUCUCCUCCCAGGAAACCAGCGACAGAAUGAGGGGACAGAGCCUCAAGCUGUGCCAAGAGAGGUUUAGAUUGUGUAUCAGGAGGAAUUUCUUCAUAGAAAGGGUUGCUAUGCAUUGGAAUGGACUGCCCAGUGAGGUGGUGGGAUCACUAUCCCCAGAGAUAUUUAAAAGACAUGUAGAUGUGACACUUAGGGACGUGGUUUAGUGAUAGACUUGGCAGUGCUGGGUUAACUCGAGGAUCUCAAGGUUUUCUUCCAGGCUAAAUGAUUCUAUAAUUCUUGUCUUCCCAUUUCUAUUUUCUGAAGAUGUACCUGUGUUUUUAAAUGUACUUGUAUCUCCUGGGGAAAAGGUACUGACUGGACUACUUAUUCUCAUAACUAAUGUCCUAGCACUUUAAAUAAACAUUUCAAGGUGAAAACUUUCCUGUGUGUAGCUGGUGAAAGAGAAAAAGAAGCACCUGUUUCCUUAGAAAGCAAAUAUCAUGGUUCUUUUCAUGAAUAAUAAAAGAUGAUGCAUAAUUACAGCUAUGUAAAAGGUUAUCUUUUUAUUUCUUUCUGUAGAUAGAUAGGCUUAUAACUUCUUUACUACUCUGUACCUGUAUAUUUAUAUUUAUAUUAUUAAAAUAAUGAUAUUGUUGAGAUUAUAACAGGGUUUAUAUUAAGCUAUUGAAGAUUUCAGAUUAACCUUAUUAUUUCCAUAUCAUCUUCUCAGGAUAACGAAUUAAAAUAUGUAUUUGAAGCCAUCUCUAUUUAUUUUCUUUUAUAUUCAGUUCUUCUCUGAAAUAAUUGUGUAAGCAUUAAUCUUAUUUAGAAAAUGGUGUGCUUUUCUAUGUGCUCUGGGUCACAACUGAUUAUAAUAGGAAUUAAAAUAAAAGUUAUUUUUAUCUAUGUUACACUAAAAAAGCUAGUGACUCUAGAAAAAUCCAGAUUUUCUUCUUGAAAUUCUCAGCAAAAUUAAUUAAGUUUUAACUCUUAAUUCUUUCUUCCUGGUCAUACAUGAACAAAUUUUGGGAGAAAAUAUUUGCAUUUCAGGCAGUUAAGAACUUUGUCUUCAAUUUAUUUUACUACUUUUUAAUGUGAAAUGCUGCAGACAGUAAGCAGGUAGCCCAUGAGGCUCUUUUCCAGUUCACAUUGAGGAGGAAGCUCAUGCUGAGCUUCUGUGGCUGGGAGGACUCGGUCGAUGCCAUCUCAUCACCCCUCACAGCACACAGGGCUGUGCCUGGAUCACCUGCUGUGCAUGCCUAAUUUAGGUGUCACAGCCAAGUCUCCCCAGGUUUGUCAGGCAGUCCAAAUCAAUUGUUAAGUCUCCUGAAUGUAAGUCACACGGAGGUCUUUCUCUGUAGCAUUUUCUGAUUUUCCUGCUCCUCUCAAUGUCACUCUCUUUCCCAUUUGAGCUGGUACAAGAGUUUACAGGAUCACGCAGUGAAACUGGCCAGGGUAUUUCUGACUCAAAGGAUCUCCUUGAUCUAUUUCACCUUGCAUCUUCAAAGACAAUGCUGCUGGUACAAUGGAUGGUGUGGCCAUAGUGCUCCUGGAAUUUUAGCCACAUAUUUAUAGCAGGUGGACCCAUUAGGAACAAAAAACCCCAGUUAAAUAACAUUUAAAAAUACUACAAAGUUGUUUUCAUAACUGUGUAAUGUGUGAAGAUUCAUAAUUCAGUUUCUAAAGCAGGAAAGGGCCAUUAAAAAAAUCAUAGUAAAGUCUGAUUUUACUCAUGCCACACUUGAAAGUGUAUAACAGACCUCUUUUGCUCAUGGGCAAAAACGUACUGCUCAACACAUACAUCAGUGUGGCUCACCAUGAGUCAUUUCUCCUUUUUGUAUCUGUCUUUAGGGGAUUGGAAUUGUAUAGAAUGUGCUUUCCUGUUUACUUUCAGUUCACCUUAUUUAUAAGUAUAGCUAACACCUUUGUGAUGGCUGUUAAAAAUAUUUUUCAUGUCUGUUUACAUCCCUGCUUUUUGGCAGACAGAGGUGUUCAUGAAACCCAUGUAUUUCACCCUCUGUAUUGCAAAAAACCAACAAACACAGUUUAUCAACUAAAAAAAAAAAGCAAAAAAUGAAAAAAAAAAAGAAUGCCAGGCUUUCACAAAGGUAAAAAGCAACAUCAUCCUAAAA